AUGGCUGCAAUUAUUUGCCGCAAGAGAUCCUUCUUCGAAGAUUUACAAUCACCAUCGUCGAUUUCAGCAUCAUCUCCGGUUUCAAAGAAGCUUCGUUCUUCUUGCUACAGCACCUCUUCAAUUCUUUUCGAUCAGCUGAGAGCUUUAUUUCCAGAUAUUCAUACUCAGCUACUUGAGAAAGCAUUGGAAGAAUCUGGCAAUGACCUGGAUGCUGCUAUUAGGAGUCUGCAUGAGCUACGCAUCGAAUAUUUAGAUGGAAAGUCGGAUACAGAAGAGAUCGAAAAUGGUAUGAAGCCUACCACUGGGCCGGCUGCUCAGUCAGAAGAUCCUUCAGCUGAAAACAAUUUUCCUGCCAAUGGUGUAGAAUGGGUGGAUUGUUUUGUGCAGGAAAUGAUGACUGCUACAAGCAUAGAUGAUGCCAGGGCUCGAGCUACUAGACUGUUGGAGAGCUUAGAGAAAUGCAUUAGCUCACGUGCAGGUGCUGAGGCAGCUCAAAAUUUUCACAAGGAAAAUAUAAUGUUGAAAGCGCAAAUAGAAAUGCUUCGUAAAGAUGAUGCCAUUCUCAAGAGGGCAGUGGUCAUUCAACAUGAACGUCAGAAAGAGUAUGAUGAAAGGAGCCAGGAAGUGCAGCAAUUAAAGCAACUGAUUGCUCAGGGUAAAGAGCAAUUAAGAACUCUUGAGAUGAACAAUUAUGCUUUAAAAACACAGUUGCGGCAAGCUCAGCAAAGCAACUGUCUUCUUGGAUUCAAAUCAGAUGUGUUCUAAUGUGCCGAAUGUUGAAAGAAAGAGAUGGAGCAUUCCUUCUGGCACUUGUUAACCUUGAUAUCAGAUGUUUUACUGAACGUAUUAUCGUAUCUGUUGUCAGAUCUGAGAGUUGUACUUACGGUUUCUAGGGCAUGCCAACUUGUACCGAUGAUUCCAAUGACGCUGCACACCGGGGACAUCAUCCAAAAUUCCAAUAUGAAGGUCUAAAAUCGUCAAGCUGAAUGUUGAUGUUCAUAUUAUAAUCUUGUUUCCUUUGGGUAUGAAUUUUUCGCUGCCUUCAAUAUAUAUAUAUAUAUAUAUAUAUAUUCAAAAAUCAAUGAAGUUCUUCUAUUAAUAGGCAAAAGGUAUUUGUUGUGCAUUUUUGUGUAAUGAAGGUUUUGAUGCUAACCAGCUUCUAACAUGAUACUCCAUACCUCUGUUAGCUGAGUGAUGUUGAAUUUUGAUGGUAAUUAACUAUACUUCAUUUUAAUUUCUG